AUGCGUUUCUCUAUCGCCGCUAUUGCCGCCCUGGCCGCUGGUGUUGUCGCCUCCGAUGUUGUCACUGAGACCGUCACCCACUACACCACCUACUGCCCUGAGGCCACCUCCAUCGUCCACGGUGGAAGCACCUACAGCAUCUCCACCCCCGGUCACAUCACCAUGACCAACGGUCCCUUCACUGUUACUCGUCCUCUGAUCACUCAGACCGUGACCUCGUGCAACAAGUGCUCCUCCAGCGGUGUGCCUUCCGGCAGCCCCUCCAGCACCGUCAAGGUCACCUCCACUCCUCUGGUCCCCAGCAGCGCUGGUGCCACUGGCACCAGCGGCACCUCGCCCUCCGGCGCCGCCUCCACCUCCCAGGCCGCCUUCAACGCCGGUGCCGUCAACGCCGCUACUGGUGCUGGCGCCGGUCUGGCCGCCGUCUUCGGUGCCGUUGCCCUCUUGCUGUAA